CUAUUGAUAUAUUAGAGUGCAUUUCACGCCUACCAUGUCCGUAUGUAAUUUAUAAGGGCUGGAUAUCAAAGCGGUUCGUGCGAGCGCAAGACAAAUGGAGAGAGAGGCCGCAAUGCAGGACCGUUAUCGAGUCCCAGCAUAAUAGUGACCACAUUGUACAAAAAUGGGAAUGGUUUAUUGGAAAAUUUGCAAUUCCCCGCACGCAGCUAAAGUCAACAUUACCCCGCGCAAGUAUUUGAAAAUAAACCGCGCCGUAGCUCAAUGCCGGCGUCGUCCUUCCAGGUCUUCCUUCUACUCUUCAAGUGUUUGUCGGGAACUUUGCGACAAAUGUCUCUCGAACAUGGAACUUCCAAGCAAGUAUCUCCCAAAGAUGAAUACACCAAACAUAGAUCUUGAGUCGAUACUCAACAAACUUGGGAUGCAAUGCUACCUUCAUCGCUUCAUGAAUGCUGGAUUUGAUGAUUGGGUUGUGGUGAAGGAUAUCACUGAGAAAGACAUGUGAGCAGUUUGGGUAUAGGAGAUGAGGUAUGAGAAAUACUAAUAACGCCAGGCAAGUUCUUGGAUUCCAGCUAGGUCACAUAAGAGUCCGUUGCAGAAAACACUAUGGUCUGAACAUGGUACAAUUAAUGUUGAUCCUUAUGAUAGAAACUUCAACGGGAAAUUGCGACUUCGCGAGGAUGGCCAAAAAAUGCUCCACUAAAAGCGACAUGUGUUUGUUGUGGUGGGCGGGAAAAUGGAAGACAGAAGGUAAUAACAACGUUAAACAACAGCGCAGACACCAAUCGGAUGGACUCUUCUCAUAAAAAGACAUUUUCUGAUACCAACGGCGCAAAUAGCAAGCAGUAGUAACCCAAUCGGUGGUCUGGCACUGAUAACUCCAUUGAUGCCAAUGGUAUAGGCUAGUAAACAUUUUUAUUCUUCCAUCUGCCAACCGAAUUUCUGGCUGAUAGGAUGCCAUUUAGCUAUCCCUCAUCAUCCGCGAUCAUAAUGGGGUUUGGGUGAAUUGAAAAGUCGAUAAAAGUCGUAUGGUGGACUUGAGCAACUGUGGAUUUGUGAAAGUGUUGAAUGAAAUGCGUUGAUCUCUCGCUAUGUGUCAUUCGCGAAUGACCUCUAGAGGGUCUCGAUAUUCAUGAAAGGGUUGAUUGCGGUGCUUGAACUAGGACUUCACUUGUACCUAUAAGCCUUGGAAAGGAGAUUUGGCCAUAUGAAACAAUAUUUGAGGUUGAUAUUUGAUGUAUUCAUCCAAACUCGAUGUGAUAAUCGAUGAAGGGGUGAUAAAAGUUUUUGAGAUGAAGAUAUGAAGACAAGUGAUGAUGAUGAGGGAUAAUUAAAUGC